AUAGUGAUACCCAAAAACAAGACAACACAGCUACUAACUAAACAAGUGCUACAUUAUUCAGCAAAAAGGCAACAAGGAAACAACGACAACAAUCAAUAACAAUAUGCAGGCAUUUACUUUCUAUACGCUCCUGGGCAUAACGCUCGUGAUGGCGAGCACGGCAAGUUCCACGCCCACCCUAAGCGGAAGUGACAACUUGAUAACUGGCGACUAUGGCGAUAGGGAAGAUGAGCAGAUAAUGGUCAAGCUGAAUGAGAAAUGCAUUCACAAUGACAGUCAUUCGUGUAACAUGCUGAAGACAAUCGUCUUUUUGGAUCGUAUUUUUAAAAAAUCGAACAUUGAUAUAAGCGAAAAUUUCCGUGUGUCAAGAAACAGAGAUGUGUCUGAGAUACCCAAUAAUUACGAGGAUGAACUGCUGCUGGCACGCGCCAUGGACUCAGAUGAGGAAUCCUACGGCUUGCUGAUAGCCAACAAGCUGUGGAGAUUUGUGCGUUCGCGCACACUGCGCUACAGGUUCUCGGACAAUGCGGACUUUGUGUUGAGUAGCGAUCCCAAGGGCAAUCUCAAUAUGGGCGUCUCUGUGCGCCCCAUUGAGGCCUUGGAGGAGGGACGUGGCAAGAUGAAGAACAUGGGUCCCAUGAUGAUGAUGAUGGCUGCCAAAACGGGAAUGGUGGGUGCCAUCCUGCUCAAAGGACUUUUCUUGCUGGCUGGUAAGGCGUUGAUUGUUUCCAAGAUUGCGCUACUGCUGGCUGUGAUAAUUUCGCUGAAGAAGCUGCUGUCACAGAAGAAGACCAUUGUGGAGGUGCCAUCGCAUCAUGAUAGCUACAGUUCGGGCUGGUCGCGUGCUUUCGACGGGUUCGUGGAGGGCUUGGCUCAAGUGCCGGCUCACUUGAUGGCGCAAGAGGCACAAGAGAUGGCUUACAGUGCGCAUCAGCAGCCCGCCAAGGUGGCGCAAUAA